AUGAACUAUGUCGCAACCUUCUUCCACGCCAGCCGAGAGACACGCGUAAGGAGCGCCGCCAUGUCGCUGCGCGCGCUACGCAUUGCUGGAGCGCGCCGUCCGCUCCGAGCGCCGACCCGAGCAACAGCAGUCCUGGCUCUGCCUCUCCGCGACGCGCCGGACCUCCGUGACGGUAGCCCCGGCCGGCAACUCGCCAACCGACCCUUCCGCCGCGGCUUCCACAACUACUUCGUGACGCACCUCCCUUCCUCGUCGCUGCAUCCCGACUCGCGGUCGUCGGCCGGCCCCGGCCACAAGCUCCCGCGGUCCGCCUCGACACCCCACACCCCGGCCCCGGGGUCCGGCCCGGCCGUGACGCCCCCGAACAUGCCCAGCCGCGACCUGACCGUCGUGCGAAUACCCCUGCGCAGCGCCAAGCACCACUUUGGCGUCUCGGCGUCCCGCGGGCAGCGCAUCUACAACGAGGACACGUACCAGGCCGGAACCAUCCACAUGCCCGCCUUCGCCAAGCGGGUACCCAUCAGUCUGGUGCGCAGCCAGGCCGCCAGGACGGCCGGCGAGGGAACCAGCGCCGACAGCGCCCUGGGGGAUCCGCAGGUCUUCUACUUUGGCGUCUUCGACGGUCACGGCGGCAGCGAGUGCAGCGACUUCCUCCGCGACGAGCUGCACGGGUACAUUGAGCAGGCCGCGGCCGAGUUCGGCCUGAAGAGCAGUCUGAAGCGAGACCACGGCGCACCGGACUCGACCCGCGACCCCGACAGCAGCUGGGCCGGCCCGCAGGAGACAAAGCCACAGCAACAACACGACCCGGGCAAACAGCACCAAGCAGCUGCCGCGGACAGCUCCAAAGCCGCCCGGCUCCAAGCCGAGCUCCUGGCCGAGUACAAGCGCACAGUCGGCGGCUACUUCCGCCGCUUUCGCCCCGACCACUUCGACGUGCCUAUCGCACCCUCGACGCGCGAGUCCUCCUCCUCCUCCUCCUCCUCCUCCUCCUCCUCAGCACCCGGCCACCCUUCUGCUUCCCCUGCCCAACCACGACACUCCUCUGGCCCGACAACCCUCGAAUCGGUCCUCACGUACGCCUUCCUGCGCGCCGACCUCGACUUCGUCACGGCGCAGGCGCGCAAGCCCGACCCGGACGACCCCUACGUCGCCGACAUCCCGCUCAACAAGGACGAGAUCCUCGGCUCGCCGCACCUGCCGCCCUCGGGCCACGGCAUCGGCGGGCCGACGCGCUUCAAAGGCGGCUCGACCGCCUCGGUCGCGCUCAUCUCCACGCCGACCCCGUCCCCCUUCUGGCACCCGGCGGCGCACAGCACGCUGGUAGUCGCGCACGUGGGCGACACGCGCGCGCUGCUGUGCGAGACGGCGACGGGCGCGCCGGUGGCGCUGACGGCGGACCACCGGCCUUCGGCGCCCGCCGAGGCGCGGCGCCUGCGGCGCUUCCUGGCCGACUCGCUGGUCACCGACUCGCUCGGCGAGGAGCGCAUCGAGGGGCUGGCCAACAGCCGCGCGUUCGGCGACGUGGCGGCCAAGCGCGUCGGCGUGUCCGCCGAGCCCGACGUCGUCCGCGUCGAGCUGGCCCCCGCCGCCUUCGCCUUCCUCGUGCUCGUCAGCGACGGCGUCAGCGGCGCCCUCAGCGACCGCGAGAUCGUCGACGUCGUCAAGGAGGCCGCCACCCCCGACGAGGGCGCCCGCAGGGUCGUCGAGUACGCCACCGAGGUGUCCGCCGACGGCGACAAUGCUACCUGUCUUGUUGUGCGCCUCGGCGGGUGGGAGAGGCGCAGCGAGGGCGGCCUCGGCAGUCUGGGCACUAAGGAGAUGCGGGAGAUGAGGAGGGCCGAGGCGCUGGAUCCGAGGCGGAGGGGGCGGUAG